GCAGAAAUGCAUAAAAGCAGCUGGAAAAGUAGAAGACAUGGAAGAAGGAGCCAGCGGCAGAACCCUACACUCAGACAACACAGACCUAACGAGAGGUGUAACACAGGGGCACAGCAGAGCCCACAGGAUUCCGACCACGGCGAUGGGGAGGUCCCGUCGACCUCGACCAGCACAGCUGGGAGUUCUUCUGUGCCAGAUCUACCAGGGUAUUACUUUGACCCCGAAAAGAAUCGGUACUUCCGCUUGCUCCCUGGACAUAACAACUGCAACCCCCUCACGAAGGAAGGCAUCCAACAGAAGGCAAUGGAACACAAAAGGCUGCAGCUGCUAGAGGAAGAGGACAGGCAGACAAAGAAAAUAACCAGGAUGGGAUUUAAUGCCACUUCCUUGUUACAAAAAAGCAAGCUGGGUUUUCUCAACGCCACCAGUUAUUGCCGUUUAGCCCAUGAGCUGCGAGUGAGCUGCAUGCAGAGGAAGAAGGUUCAGAUUCACAGCUCCGAUCCCUCCGCUUUGGCAAGCGACCGAUUUAACCUCAUAAUGGCGGAUACCAACAGUGACCGGCUCUUCACAGUGAAUGAUGUCAAGGUUGGAGGCUCCAAGUACGGCAUCAUCAGCCUGCGCGGUCUGAAGACCCCCACACUCCGGGUGCAUAUGCACGAAAACCUCUACUUCACCAACCGGAAGGUGAACUCUGUGUGCUGGGCCUCGCUGAAUCACUUGGAUUCUCACAUUCUGCUGUGCCUCAUGGGAAUCGCAGAGACUCCGGGCUGUGCCACCCUGCUCCCAGCGUCACUGUUCGUCAAUAGUCAUCCAGCAGGAGACCGGCCUGGCAUGCUCUGCAGUUUCCGGAUCCCUGGGGCCUGGUCCUGUGCGUGGUCCUCGAACAUCCAGGCAAAUAACUGCUUCAGCACAGGCUUGUCUCGGUGGGUCCUGGUGACCAACGUGGUGACGGGACACCGGCUGUCGUUUGGGACGAGCAGUGAUGUCUUGACCCAGCAGUUUGCCGUCAUGACUCCUUUGCUGUUUAAUGGCUGUCGCUCUGGGGAGAUCUUUGCCAUUGAUAUUCGAUGUCGAAAUCAAGGCAAUAACUGGAAGGCCACUAGCCUGUUCCACGACUCAGCGGUGACAUCUGUGAAAGUCCUCCAGGAGGAGCAGUGCCUGGUGGCAUCCGACAUGGCUGGAAAGAUCAAACUGUGGGACCUGAGGACCACCAAGUGUGUAAGGCAGUACGAAGGUCACGUGAACGAGUACGCCCUCCUGCCCCUGCACGUGCAUGAAGAAGAAGGAAUCCUGGUGGCCGUGGGCCAGGACUGCUACACAAGAAUCUGGAGCCUCCGCGAUACCCACCUGCUCAGAACCAUACCCUCCCCACAUCCCACCUCCAGGACCAACAUUCCCAGUGUGGCCUUCUCAUCUCGGCUGGGGGGCGUCCGGGGAGCGCCGGGGCUGCUCAUGGCCGUCCAGCAGGACCUUUACUACUUCACUUACAGCUAAUUCUGCAGAGAGCAGCCUGCAGGCAUGUGGAUUUGACUGAAUGGAGUAAAGAGUAGCCAUACCUCUGCCAUAUGCUGUUUCCAGUGAAGGCAUUUUAAAUGGAUGCUCUGUGUGCACAGAUCCCAUCCAUCCAGCUGCUGCGGACAUGAAGGUGCUAUGUUUUAUGUGGAGACACUUUAGUAAUGUAUGUCAGUUAAGUUGUGGGCUCAGAGAGCUUGAAAGUCCUUUUCAUAAAAGGUACCUAUUCCCUUUUGUUGAAUUCCUUAGAAUAGUCCCUUCCCCCUUUUAUAAAACAAAAAUUACUUUUUCUAAGGGCUGAAGAUUAGCAAUACCUAAAUUAAAGCUUCUUUCACCAAAAGCCCUUUCAAGAAGCCUAAUGAGACUGUCAGUGCCUGGGUCCCAAAAAGACAUGCAUCUGUACUUGAGAACGCCAGCUGGAGAGAAGGGGAAGAGGAAAGGAGUUUCUGGAGAAAGAUUUGAGGCUGGAGUUUGGCCUUCUCACACUCAGUAUCAGGAACAAAUGUUUGGGAUUCUCCUUUUCUUUAUCAUUCACGGGCAUUGGGCAGAAAGGUGGAUCGUUUUAGAGCAGUGAUUCUAAUGUGCAGCCAAGGUUGGGAACCACUGUUUUAGAGGCUGACUCUAGCCCGAGGUUUUAAGCAGGCCUUCGCGUGCCUUUUGUUGAGGCAUCCUUCAAAAUGUUAGCCACAGCAGCUCCUGUUUCUAUCAUGGGGACUUGAAUGUCAGAUUCAAGGGCCCCAUCUCAAAGAAAAUAGGCUUUGACGUUUUUACUGUCUAAGAGAAGCAGUUUGUGAGAUGUUUAUACCAGAUGUUAAAGAGCAUGUCUUUCUACCAAACAAUAAACCAGAAAGAACCUGGUAUGGUCGUUGAUAUUAAUGAUUUGAUCAUGAUGCUUGGCUACCGUAGGGACAAACCAGCUGCACGAACAUGUACUUAAAUCUCGGGUGAGGAAAAAGGGAUCGAGAUUGGGAUCAGCCUAAUGGCUUUGCUGGGGAGCUUUCGUUUGCCCACAGAUCCACCUGUGUGCCCUUUUCACCUGCUCUUGUGUUCCCCAAGCUGACCUCUUGGGUCCCUACCACAGUGGGUUUAGCCAGGAGGACCUACCGGUAGGAAAGCAAAGGGCAGGAGAGAUGGAAUUGUUGUUCCUGGCUCCUCUCCUGCUCGGCUGUGGCUGCAUUCCAACAGCUUCUGUUGGAACACAGCUCUCUGGGUUCCAGGAACUUCUCUCCAUUUGUCCCUUCAGACCCACAGCUGGUAGUUGCACCUCACUGCUGCUAGCCCAGAAUGCUUCAGCUACCCUCGUGAGCAUUACAUCUGCUUCCUGCCAGAACUCAAACUAAUACAACUUAGUGUACAGAGAAACAAAUCAAAAGAAAAGCAGAUGAGAAUGAUUGGUCAUCUGCUAAAUGAGCUACAUGUCAUAAUAGUUUUAGUGCCUCAUAUUUUAUAAAGACCUUUACUAUCUUACCUAAUAACUACACAUAAAGGAGGUAGGACAGUAUUAGUAAUAUAAAAAUUACUAGCAUCAUUAAUAGGUAGAGAAGUCCACACACAGAUGUUGAGUGACUUGCCUCAGAUCACAGACCUUGUUAGUGGAGAAUUGGGACUUGGAACCGGAAGACCUGAGACCACGUUCUAUUUUUCAUGCUCCUCCCGUCACUGACCAUAUUUUCCAUUAUAACUGGUGGUCUGGAGAAAUCAGGAAGUGACUCGGUGCAAGCAUAAACACGUGAUGCUAACAUUUCAUGAUGCUUAAUCACCAGGUAAAUGAAAUUUUCUGGCACCAGUGGGUAAGAAGCUUGCUAAUUCUUCUGUGUUUAAUCAUUUAGAUUUGUCCCUGUAUUGGCAACCCUGGCAUACUGGCCUGUACAUGGGUCCCAGGAAAUAUCUAUCUGAUCGAAGGGUCCAGGUGGCCACUUACCGCAGUCUCUUGGAGUAACUUUGGUGACAUGCCCCUGCCCAAGAGCACAAACAAGCAUAAUAAAUGCUGAGCCAUGACCUUAACAUCCACACAUACUUUUGUUCUCUCAAGAUCUAAGUUACCACAAUACACAAGUUCAUUCAUUACAGGAUCUGCAAUUUAGAAUCACUGGUUACUGCACGUCCACUGCAGAGCUUCCCCCACUACCAAUAGAGCUCUGUACUAUGUCAGUGGAGCCCAAAGCCCAUGGUUGGCUACUCAGUUCAACUUUGCUCUCUCCCCAGACAGUGGAGACAUUCUGACUACUCAAGACAAUACCAGGUGAAUUUUGACAAGCGUGGUCCUAUCACCGUAUAACUUCUCUUAUCAACAUAGCCCAAGUUCUUGUUAAGUAAAUACAUUUGUUGAAGAACCAUUUUAGAUUUUCAUUAGGCUUUAUUUUUAAAAAGUGGGAAGCUUUCAAAGUUCUAAUUUAAAUUUAGCAAUUUAUUCUUGAUCUCUAGUUAGCAGUCACUGCUCCUAACAUUUAGUCUAGGUUGUAUGAAAAGCAGUUAAACUUAGCUGAGAAGUUGAUUAAGCAUUUUGAUCUGUUUGCUUAUUAACAUAGUAUUCCAAAGAUUAGUAUGUUACACAGUCUCGAAGCAUUUUUCACUUGCAUGUCUAUUAGGCAUUUUGCCCUGUUCCCCAGGUAGAGAAUGAGCAGGCAGCGCUGACAGCAGCCCUGAGCUAUGAUAAGCCCUUUGUCAAAUGGCCUCGUGUUUGCUUGCUUGUAGCCUUCUAUAAAGAAAUGAGAACAAUGGCACAUACUGGCUAUCAAAAAUGCCCUCAGAUAAACACGUGCCUCACACACCAUCUUGCUGGGUAGCCACCCUAGAAUUCAGUUGGCCCCAAAGGCUCUGGAGGCUACUCAGAAUCAGUGUCCCUGGAAGCAUCCUUUGAGACCAAGUUAGUCCUACUUACCUGUCAGCCCUACAUCUGUCCUGGUCUAAAUCCUUCACAUAACCAUCUCCGAAAACAAUUGCAGGCUAAACUCAGUUUCUCCUUCCAUUUCCCCAUUAGUUGUUAUAAAAAGCAUCUAGGCCCACUCCUUUAAGUCUGCCUCUCCAGGCCUCCCACUGCCUGGCUAACACCCCUCCCUUCAACGGCUUCUUGUGCCUCAGAAUAAAAUGUGUGUUCUGUUGAGAUUUGA